AUGGCGACGCUGGCGGACUUUCGGAAAGAAGAGUAUGACCAAAAAGGCCCGAUCGCCGAGUACGAUGCUCGCGUGCAGUCCGGCAAGUUGAGGAACGACGAGCACCAGCGCAAUCUCGUGCAGGCGCUUCAGGAUUUGCAUAACAUGCUGGAGUCGUACAACCCGCCGCGAGUGGAGUAUCCGACCAUUGAAUCACUGCAGCCGAAGAAGAAGAAGAGUUUCUUUGGCUCCAUCUUCGGCGGGGGCGGCCAGAUCUACGCGAAAAUGAACAUCUCCCCGGACCUGCCGAAAGGGCUGUACAUGUAUGGCGAUGUGGGCAGCGGCAAGACGAUGCUCAUGGACUUGUUCUACGACACCUUGCCCACCAACAUCAAGCACGCGACGCGCAUCCAUUUCCACAACUUCAUGCAGGACGUGCACAAGUCCCUGCACCAAAUGAAGGCCAAGCACGGCAGCGACAUCGACGCCAUCCCCUUCGUCGCAGCGGACAUAGCCGAGCAAGCAUCCGUCCUCUGCUUCGACGAGUUCCAAUGCACCGACGUCGCCGACGCCAUGAUCCUCCGCCGCCUGAUCGAAAGCCUCAUGUCGCACGGCACGGUGCUCGUGACGACCAGCAACCGCCACCCGAAAGACCUCUACAAAAACGGCAUCCAGCGCGAGUCCUUCGUCCCCUGCAUCAACCUGCUGCAGGAAAAGCUGCGCAUCCUCAACCUCGACUCCACCACCGACUACCGCAAAAUCCCCCGCCCGCCGUCAGGCGUCUACCACCACCCGCUCGACUCCGGCGCGAACCGGCACGCAGAGCACUGGUUCCGCUUCCUCGGCGACCCAGAGCACGACCCACCGCACCGCACCAGCCUCCGCGUCUGGGGCCGCGACGUCGACGUCCCCAAAGCAAGCGGCAAAGCGGCUUGGUUCUCGUUCGACGAGCUGAUGGGCCGCGCCACCGGAGCGGCAGACUACAUCGAGCUGGCGCGCAGCUUCGAGGCUUUCGUCAUCACCGGCGUGCCGGGCAUGAACUACCGCUCGCGCGACCUGGCGCGCCGCUUCAUCACCUUUAUCGACGCCGUGUACGAGGCGCGCGGCAAGCUCGUCCUCACGACCGCCGUGCCGCUGUCGCAGCUCUUCAUGUCGCGCGAAGAGCUCGACAAGACGCUCGAUUUCGCGGCCAAGGCGGGGAAUAAAGCUGCGAGCGAGGCGAAGGACUCCGGCGCCGAUGUCAGCGAUGCCAUGCGCAAUAUGAUGGACGAUCUGGGCAUGAAUAUGGAUGUGAUGAAGAACAGCAGCAUUUUCAGCGGGGACGAGGAGGCGUUUGCUUUUGCGCGCGCGUUGAGUCGCUUGAGUGAGAUGGGGAGUCAGGAGUGGGUGGAGCGCGGGAUGGGCCUCGAGAAGUCAGGCGGCAAGAAGGAAGCCGAAGACUGGCAGAAAGUGCGGUCGAAUUAUCACCAGGACAGCUACGGCUAG